AUGAGUCAAGAAGUAGAGGGAAUCGUCCGCUCCCAAAACGAGCUGUACGGCCGCAUUUCGCGCGCGUACGAAAACUUCAAGAAGUCGGGGCCGACGAAGAUCACGUUGGGGCUGGCUGAAGCGCGCCUUCAAGCUCUAGAAGCGAACUGGGCGAAAUUCGAAGCGCAAAAUGAUCAAUUGCUCCAACAAUCGCAGGAGGCUCUCGAUAAGCUCGACUACCGGAAGCAAGACUUGCCGGGGGUAGCCGAGGAAGCCUUCCUGCAGCAGAAAGGAGCGUUCUUAGACGCCAUCCGCAUCCUGAAGGCCAAGGAGAAGAGCGCCGCCGAGACCGCCGGAGCGGCCGGCACAGCGGAGUCGACUCCCCGCACUACUCUGACUCGUAUACAGCUGCCGCAUUUCUCCGGAAAGUACGAAGAUUGGCCUUCAUUCCGCGACUUGUUCCUGUCCAUUAUCGGGAAGGACUCAGAUACAACGAAGGUGGAGAAACUCCAUUAUUUGAAGUCCUGCUUGAAAGGUGAGGCUGACCUUCUUAUUCGCAAUGUGCCAACGACGGGCGAAAAUUAUGAGCGCGCGAGGAAAACUCUGAGUGCGUAUUACGAAAAUAAGCGAUUACUAGUGCGCGCGUAUCUCGCUAAUUUCAUCGCCUUACCGAAGAUGAAGGGCGAGUCGGCCGUCGAGUUGCGUAAGAUCUUCCAUAGCAUAAAAGCCACGGUCAGCUCAUUAGACAGUAUCGGUCGGGCGAUUAGCCGCAGCGAGGAUCUAUUCGUCUAUCUCGCUGUCGAACUCUUAGAUCCGCAAUCGCGUCGCGAGUGGGAAAAUUCCAUAAGUGCCGCGAGUGAGCCUCCGUCGUAUGGAUUGCUCGAACAAUUCCUCGAUCGCCGGUUAUAUACGUUGGAGUCGAUGCUCCCCGUAAAAGCCGAUGGUGCCGCGAACAAGGCGAGCGACGGAACGCAGAAAUCGACGCGGAGUCACCUCGCUCGAAAGCAGGAUGGCAAGGGUGAAGCAAAGCGUGGCCGUUGCUCUCUCUGCCAGAAAGAGCACAUACUCAUGUUCUGCGACGAUUAUAAGAAAAAGACGGCCGUCGAGCGGAAGCAAUACGUCGACGAUAACGGGUUGUGCGUGAAUUGCCUCGGGAAGCACAAAUUAGAUGACUGCGCCGUGAAGAAAAACUGUUACGCGUGUGGGGCGCGCCAUCAUUCGUCUCUCCACGACGCGUGUCGCGAGCUCGGAGUCGCGAAGACGUCGCACGUAGCAACGGAUUCGCCCGUCAAGACCGUGGCGGUGCUUCUUGCCACCGCUCGCGUCCGCGUAGCCGAUCGCCACAGUGCUUGGCACACCGCGCGAGCCUUGAUAGACCAAGGCUCGGAAUCGUCGAUGAUUUCGGAGCGACUCGCGCAACAAUUGAGACUGCCUCGUUUUCCGGUCGUGGUGAACGUCUUCGGAAUCCGCGGGCUGCAAUCGGGAGUAGCCCGAGGUCGAGUUGCGAUGACGCUGUCCUCGCGGAGCGAAGGACGUGCGUUUACAAUAUCCGCUCUCGUGUUCCCGCGGCUCACCGUGUAUGCCGGUGGCAUCGAAGCCGGAGCGGCUACUUGGCCGCACCUUCGCGGACUAGAAUUAGCGGAUCCAGAAUUUUGCUCGUCGGAUCCGAUCGAUGUACUUCUCGGCGCCGACAUUUACGCGUCGAUACUCCGUGCGGGGCUCCGGAAGGGAGGACCUCGCGAACCGGUCGCCCAGAACACGACGUUGGGGUGGAUCCUCUCGGGAGUGAUCGCUGAUUCCGUUUCCGGACACGUCGCGUACGCUCACCAAUGCCGGAUCGAGGAAGAUUUGGUGAGCGUGGUGCGCCGGUUUUGGGAGCAGGAGGAAGGUCCGUCGAGCGCGGUGACUCUCUCGAAGGAGGAAGCUGAGUGCGAGGAACAUUUCGUCCGGACGCAUUCGCGACGGCCCGAUGGACGCUAUGUAGUGCGCCUUCCUCUCAUCUCGCCGUUGCCGGACCUCUCCGAAACGCGUCGCGUAGCUGAGCGAGUGCUUCGAAGCAUGGAGAGUCGGUUCGCGCGGGAUGCCGACCUCCAGGCCGCGUACGUGGAUUUCAUGAAGCAGUAUGCCGAGCUGGGGCAUAUGGUGCCAGUCCGCGGCGACGACUUGAUUAGCGCUCGCGUGUGUUACUUGCCGCAUCACGGCGUUCUGCGGGAGACGAGCUCUACGACCAAGCUGAGAGUAGUCUUCAAUGGCUCAGCUACAGUCCCGUCCGGGGACUCAUUAAAUCAGCGCCUGAUGGUCGGACCCAACCUGCUGCCUGCGCUGACGGACGUUCUUCUACGAUGGCGCCGCCAUCGAUUCGUCUUCGCCACGGACAUCGAGAAGAUGUACCGGCAGAUUGACGUCCAUCGGGAGGAUGUGGACUUGCAGCGGAUUCUCUGGCGGUUCGAUCCACGAGAGCCUAUACUAGAGUAUUGGCUCACCACUGUUACGUACGGCCUGGCCUGCUCUCCACACCAAGCAAUUCGUACGACGCACCAGCUUGCCGAGGAUGAGAAGCAUCGAUUUCCGGAGGGAGCAAGCGUCCUGAAGGAGGACACCUACAUGGACGACGUGAUCUCCGGAGCGAAAACGCUGGCUGCCGCUUUAGAGAAACGGAGACAGUUGGAGCGGAUUUGCAUGGCAGGCGGCUUCCCGCUGAAAAAGUGGUCCGCCAAUGACGAGACCCUCCUGGAGGACGUGCCGGUGGAGGAUCGUCUACUGAAGGAGCCUCGAGGAUGGCAGCCGGGUGAGAGCCAUCUGACCUUGGGCCUGCGGUGGCAUCCGCACGACGAUCAAUUCUCGUAUACGACCCAGCUGAUCCGGACAGAAACGUUCACAAAACGAACGGUUCUCUCGCUGACAGCAAGACUAUUCGACCCACUGGGGUGGCUCGCCCCGGCCACGGUGCGCGCGAAGAUCCUUUUCCAGUCCACGUGGUUGCUGGGGAUAGAGUGGGACGAGCCGCUCCCGGAAGAAGAUGUGCAAAACUGGAGAGCAUUCCAGUCUGAUCUGCCCUCCCUGGAAGCCAUCCGCGUUCCGCGCUGGCUGACGAGCGGGGACGAGGGCUGCCGGCUGGAGCUCCAUGGCUUUGCUGACGCCUCGGAGCGAGCCUAUGCCGCCGUCAUCUAUUUGCGAGUCGAGAGAGGAGACGGAGAAGUGAAAGUGAGGCUGCUCGAGGCAAAAACGAAGGUUGCCCCGCUGAAACAGGUAACCUUGCCGCGUUUGGAGCUGAGCGCCGCGACUUUGCUUGUGCGACGAGUGGCUCACGUUCAGCGAGUCCUCGAAGCAAGGAAUGUCCCCUCGCAUCUGUGGUCGGACGCCAAGGUUGUGCUGGGCUGGAUCCGCGGACAUCUAUCGGCCUGGAAAACCUAUGUAGCCAAUAGGGUAAGCGAAAUCCAGACGACGCUGCCUGACGCAAUCUGGCACCACGUUCCCGGGCGAGAGAACCCCGCCGAUUGCGCUUCGCGCGGCAUAUCUUCAGCAGAGCUGGUAAACCACCCGCUCUGGUGGCGCGGCCCAUCAUGGCUGAGGACCGAAUCCAGCCCGUGGACCGCCCUUCCGGAGACCGAGCUUCCUGCUAGCCUGCCGGAUCGGCGAACGGCUGUGCACGCGACGGCCACGUCCGCGGAGAAGAUCGACGAGCCCUCAGAGUUGACGGGAUGUUCCUCCCUGACACGACUGUUACGACGGACGGCCUGGUGCCGUCGCUGGCUGCGGCGAUUGCCCCGGCAGAGGACCGUCGCUGACUCUCAAAUCAAUUUCAAAGCCACGCUCGUACUCCGGUUUUCCGAGCUCGAUGACGCCCGGCGUGGCUGGAUCCGAGUGAUGCAAGAAGCAGCAUUUAGCGAGGAGCUGAGAGCGAUUUCAAAGGGCGAGCAGCUGCCGGCACGCAGUAGCCUCGCUAAGCUAAACCCGCUUCGAGACGAGCAAGCGAUCCUGCGAGUGGGUGGGCGACUCCGGCACGCCCUCCUAGCUCCCGACGCAAAGCACCCGAUGAUCCUGCCGAGUGAGUCACAUUUCACGCGGCUCGUCAUCGAAGCGCACCAUCGACGGACGCUGCACGGAGGUGUGCAAAUGACGCUGAGUUUCAUCCGGCAGGAGUUUUGGAUACCUCGAGGUCGUUCACUUGUAAAGGGCUGCAUCCACCGCUGCUUAAUCUGUCUGCGAUGGCGGGCGGCUUUGCCGCAGCCGCUUAUGGGGGACCUGCCGCCGCCCAAGAUGUCGGACUACUCCGCGGAGGCGUUCCUGGCCGCCCUACGCCGAUUCGUCGCCCGCCGAGGCCUGUGUCGCGCGCUUUAUAGCGAUUGCGGGACGAACUUCGUCGGAGCCGACGCUCAGCUGAAAGCCUUGUUCUCCGCUAGCAAGGCCGACGAAUCGCAGCACGCGUCGCAGAGGAGAGCAUACAGUGGCGAAACGAAACUAACGUACGAGGAGAUGACCACCGUCCUUGCGCAAGUCGAAGCGUGCUUGAACUCACGCCCGCUCCAAGCCCUAUCAGAUGACCCGGAGGACUUAACCGCGCUGACGCCGGGCCACUUCCUCAUCGGUUCAGCACUCAAUGCAGUACCCGAGCCGUCUCUAGCCGAGGAGUCAACGAGCCGUCUCUCCCGGUGGCAGCUGCUGCAAAGAAUUCGGGAUCAAUUCUGGGACCGGUGGUCAAAGGAAUAUCUCCACACGCUGGCGCACCGGCCAAAAUGGGUCAAAGCUAGCGAGGAAAUUCAGGUCGGCCGAUUGUGCCUCCUGAGGAGCGAAACGACCCCACCGACAAAAUGGCCUCUAGCGAGAAUCGAGGAGCUGCACCCCGGGGGGGACGGCCACAUCCGCGUAGUCUCCGUUCGAACGGCUACCUCGCGCUUUACCCGGCCCGUGAGUAAGCUCGUUCUCCUCCCCGUGAGCGCCGCGCCUGAGGAUGACGUCCGCUAA